AUGAAAAAAAAAAUUACAAAUCAUAAAAAAAAAAAUGAGAAUGCAAAAUUAAAUAUUGAUCACGAUAAUUCAUCUGAUGAUAAUGACAAAACUCCACAAAUAGAUAACAUCUUUAAAAAUCUUAUUGUCGAUAGUUAUAAAAGUAUAAAUGAUAUAAACAAUUAUAUGAGACAAUCGAAUUUAUUGUAUAAUGAAAAAAAAAGUAAGAAAAAUAAAACACACCCAUUAGAUAGUAAAAAUACGACAGAUAGGAAAUAUAAUAAAUAUAGAAGAAAUGAACAGAAUAUGAAUAAAGUAAUAAAUUAUGAUGAUAAAAAAAAUUAUGAUGAUAUAGAAAAUUAUGACAAUAUUGAAAAUUAUGACAAUAUUGAAAAUUAUGAUAAUGUUGAAAAUUAUGAUUAUAAGUUACCAUAUGAUGAGGAUAUAAUAUAUGACGAGAAACAAAAUAAUAGUGAUGUUGUCAUUAUAGGAUACAAGAAUUUUAAAAAGGGAAAGAAGAAAAUUUCUCUUGACAGUUUUAAUAGUGAGCUAAGCCCACAAAGUAACACAUCUCCAAUAUAUAUAAAAAAAAAAAUUAAUGAAAUUAAUUAUCAUUUUAUACAAAAGAAAAAAAAAAAAAAAAACCAAAAAAAUGGUGAACUAAAUAAGAAAUAUUCCAAAAAAUUAUCAAUUAAUAAAAAAAAUAAAAAAUAUGAAAAACAUAAAAAAUAUGAAAAACAUAAAAAAUAUGAAAAACAUAAAAAAUAUGAGAAAAAUAAAAAAUAUGAAAAAAAUAAAAAAUAUGAGAAAAAUAAAAAAUAUGAGAAAAAUAAAAAAAAUGAGAAAAAUAAAAAAAAUGAGAAAAAUAAAAAACGUGAAAAAAAUAAAUCAGGUCUUAUAAAUAACGUUAAGAAAAUCAAAAGAAAUAAAAAGUCCUUGUCAGAAGAAAACCUAAAUGAUUCUCUUUUUAGUAAUGAUGAACAAGUUAAUGAAAAUAAAUAUAUAUUAGAUAAAUUAUUAAUUUCCUUAAAAAAUAAUAGUGAUGCCAACAUACAUAAAAAGAAAAAUUUUUAUAUUGAAUAUGAAGGUAAUGAUGAUUUUACAAGUUUUAAUAGUAAAGAAAAUCCAAACGAUUACUUUUUAUGUAUGGAUAAUGAUGAAAUAAAUAAUAAGCUUAAUAAAAAUAAAAUGUACAGUUCAUCAUAUAGUACUACCAAAAAAAAAUAUAUAUAUAAGUCACAUAAAGGUUUAUAUGAUAACGACUAUAUGUUUAAUAAUAACAUUUUUAAUAAUAAAAUUUAUAACAAUGAAAUGUAUAAUAAUAAAUUUAAUAUUUAUAAUCAUAACAUUCCUAGUAAUAAAAAUUAUAAAACAAAUUUGAAAGGAAGAAUGUCACUUCAAAUGUCACAUGAUAUAUCUCAAGAAGCAUUAAAUACUCGAAAUUAUUUUGAAAAUAAUAAAAAUUUUGAGAAAGAAAGAUUAAAAAAAAAAAUGAGGAAAAUAAGAGAGCUAAACCUUUUAAACAAUAAUGUAGAAUAUGAUUGUAUAGGAUUUGUUUGUGAUGAAGAAUAUAUGUGUGAAAAAUUACAUUUCGAUGAGAAUCAUGUAGAAAGUCCAGAUCGUAUUAAAUGCAUUAUUAAAGCUUUAAAAGAAAAGAAAUUAAUAAAUAAAAUGGUUCAAAUAAAAUGUAGAGAAGCUUUAUAUGAUGAAAUUAGAGAAUGUCAUUCAAGUACACAUAUUAAUAAUAUAUUUUAUUCCUUAAAAAAAAAAUUAAAACAUAAUAAUCAAAGUGUUAUAUAUCCUUUUGAUAAACACGAUACGUAUUAUACAUCAUAUACAGGAACUGUUUCUAUUAGGGCUAUUGGCGGUUUAUUAAAUUUAUGUGAUGUUAUUUUAUGUGAUAAAAAAGAUAAAUUUAAAUAUAUAGAUUUUAAAAAGUCUUUACGUUAUAAUUAUGAUUUUUAUAAAAAUGUGAAUACAAAUUCUAUAAAAAGAAAUUAUGAAUCUAAUAAUAUGUAUCAUAAAAAAUUUUUGAGACGUUCAAAAUCAGAGAGUAGUAUAUAUAGGAAAUGUACUACCUACGAUACGUUUAAUGAUUUUGCAUUAUUGAAUCAUAAUAAGAAUGUAUAUAAAAUGAAUACAUAUCAUGAACAAAUUGAAAAAAAAAAUAAUAAUAAUAUUAUUAAUAGUAAUAAUAAUAAUAAUAAUAAUAAUAAUAAUAAUAUAAAUUGUUCUGUAUAUAAUUAUAAGAAUGAAAUAGACGUGCAAAACGAUAUACAUAAUAUAAAUAAUAUUAAUAUGAAUAAUAAUAUUAUAUCUGAAGAAAAUAAUUUAGAUUUAGAAGCGGCUGAUUAUAAUUUUGGUAAUGAGAAGGAUGAACACACAAACGAAUCAUAUAAUGAAGAGAAUAAUAUUAAUCAGAAAAAGGAUUAUAUAAGCCAAUCGAAUAGUAGCCAUAAUUCUUAUUAUAAUGAAAUACAUCAAGGAGAUAGUAUUGAUUAUAAUAAUAAUAAUAUAAAUAACGAUUCUGCUAUAUCUAAUAAAUUAAGUAUAUGUGAAAAAUUGAGCAUGGAUAAUAAGCUAAGCAGUAUAUCGAAUAAUAGUAAUCAUCAAGAUAUUCUUCCCAAUUGUUUUAAGAAUGAUGAAGAAAAUAUACAUAAGGAUAAGAACAGAGAUGAAAUAAUAAAUUGUAAUAAUACAAAUGUAAUAGAAACGGAGUAUUUAAAUAAAAUAUGUGAAAAUGAUAAUUAUACAAAUAAUUAUGAAGAGAAUUAUAAAAAUAAUUCUUUCCUCAAUAGUAAUAAUUCAGAUAUUUUUAAUUUACCUUAUAGAAGUUAUUCUUCGACCGUUUAUAGUAUGGAUGAUUGUAAUGAUGUGAACACAUUUACGGAUAUUAAUUGUGGAUUCGCGGCUAUUAGACCUCCUGGACAUCAUUGUAGUAGGAGCCAUCCUUCGGGAUUUUGUAUUUUUAACAACAUUAGUGUAGCUUGUAAAUAUAUUUUUAAGAAAUAUGGGAUAAGAAAAGUUUUUAUAUUUGAUUGGGAUGUACAUCAUGAUAAUGGGACUCAGGAAAUAUUUUAUGGAGACAAGGAUGUUCUUUGUUUCUCCAUACAUCGAUUUGAUAAAAAGGUGGAAGAAAAGAAUAAGAAAAAGAGACAUGUCAAUAAAAAGAAGAAGAAAAAAAAAUAUGACAUUAAGAAGGAUGAUGAUAAUAAAAAGGAUGAUGAUAAUAAAAAGGAUGAUGAUAAUAAAAAGGAUGGUGAUAAUAAAAAAGAUGAUGAUAAUAAAAUAUAUGGUGAUAAUAAAAUAUAUGAUGAUAACAAAAAAGAUGAUGAUAACAAAAUAUAUGGUGAUAACAAAAAAGAUGAUGAUAACAAAAUAUAUGGUGAUAACAAAAUAUAUGGUGAUAAUAAAAUAUCCAAUUUAGAGAAAAACUUAAAAUACGAAAAAACAUCUAAUAAUUAUAAAAAAUAUAAAAGAAAAAAUAAAAAAUCUAGAAAAAGAUAUGAAGAAAAUUUAUUUUAUCCUAGAACUGGUGCAAAAAAUGAGUUAGGAGAAAAAGAAGGAUAUAAAUUUAAUAUUAAUGUACCAUUAGAAAAAGGCUAUAAUAAUUGUGAUGUAUAUUAUGUUUUUAAAUAUUUAUUGUUACCAAUAUUAGAAAAAUUUAGACCAGAAUUUAUUUUUAUUUCUUGUGGAUUUGAUGCAUCCAUUAAUGAUCCAUUAGGCAAAUGUAACUUGACACAUAAUUUAUAUCAAUGGAUGACAUUUCAACUAAAACAUUUUGCUAAUAUUUUUUGUAAUGGUAGAAUAAUUUUAGUCUUGGAAGGUGGAUACAACCUAAAUUAUUUACCAAAAUGUGCCUUAGCAUGUAUUAAAGCGUUAAUAAAGAAAAAUAAAAGCACAACGACUGAUAAAGAAUUUAUUAAAAAAUUGUAUCAAAAUAAUGUAAAUAAUAAGGAAACCAAUAUUUUGAAUAAUCAGAAGGAAUGUAUUUCUAAUCAAGAUUCAUCGAAAAGGUUUUUGGAUGCACAUGAAGAAAAAAAAAAAAAAAACGACGAAAAGAAUGUAAACCGUUGUGAUAAUAUGAAUGAUGCACAGCAUAUUCAUGGUAGUAAUAAUAUAAAUGAUGCACAACAUAUUCAUGGUAAUAAUAGUAUGAAUGAUGCACAACAUAUUAAUGAUAAUAAUAGUAUUAAUGAUGCACAACAUAUUAAUGGUAAUAAUAGUAUGAAUGAUGCACAACAUAUUAAUGGUAAUAAUAGUAUGAAUGAUGCACAACAUAUUAAUGGUAAUAAUAGUAUGAAUGAUGCACAACUUAUUAAUGGUAGUAAUAAUACGAAUGAUAUGUAUGAUAAACAUUAUUUGAAUAAUCACAAUUUAGAUAACAAUAUAGAUGAAAAAUUAAAAAGUAAUAAAACGUAUGAAUCGCUUGUUUCAACAAAUUGUGUUCAAAAGAAUGAAUUUCUGAAUUACCCUAAAAAUAAUUUUAUAAAUAAAAAAAAUAUGAGUGAUCAUGCAAAUUUUUAUAAAUUAAAAUAUUCCUCAUAUGAUAAAUAUGAAAAUAAAGAUAUAAAUUAUUAUUUUAGAAGAUUACAUACAAAUAAUAAUAUCGUUUCACGAACUAAAAAAUUAAUUACCAGUGGAUUGUUACAUUAUUCUACUUAUAAAGUUAUUAAAUAUUUUUUAAACGUAUUAAAAGGAGAACCAUACCAUUUAGAUAUCGAAUUACCAACUUAUAAUGAAUUUAUAAAAAAAAAAAAAUUGGAAGGUAGAGAAAUCAAUCCAGAAAGAAAAAUUAAAAUUAAAAUUAAUAGAUCAUCAGAAUUUAGAAAAAAUGAUUAUUGUUUUAAUAGUUAUGAAAUUAUGAAUUCAUAUAUGCAACAUAAAUUAAACAAAUUAAAACAUAUUAAUAAUAUAUCUAAUAAGAAUUUACAAGAUAUGUUUAUAAAACAAAAAAAUUUUAAAUAUACAGAUUCUUCAACUACUAUAUCUAAUAUAUCACAAAGUGAUCUAUAUUUAUCAAAUGAUGAUAUAAAUUAUAGUAGUUCUUGUAGCAGUACUUGUAAUCGAAGAAAGGUAAUUUUAUUAAAUAAAUUAAAACAUAAAAUAAAUCGUGGCUUGAAUAAUAUAUAUAACACUUCACCUAAUAAUAACAACAAUAAUAAUAAUAAUAACAACAACAAUAAUAAUAAUUACAAUAAUUACAAUAAUUACAAUAAUUACAAUAAUUACAAUAAUAAUAUGGUGCACACAGAAAAAAAAACAUAUAAAAAGAAAAGAAAAAAUCAAAUAAAUGAUAUAAAUCUUAAUGCUCCUGUACAAAUGAAUAGGACACAAAUUGAUACAAAUGAAGAAAAUGAAAAUUUGAAUUCUAAUAAAAAUAAAUCUAACAGAACAAUUAAAACUAAUCAAAACAAAUUAUUGAGUUAUAAUUUAUCAAAUCUUCAAAAUAUAAAUAAUAUUAAUAAUACACAUAUAAUACCAUAUGCCGAUUUAGAACAUAUUAAUGAUGAUAAUCAUCUGGAGAGCCAUAAUACAUCAAACGAAAAUUAUAUAAAUAAUUAUUAUAUGAAUUGUGAUUUAACCAAUCUUAAAUAUAAUGAAAAUCAGGUAUUAAAUACAUUUAAUAUAUAUACCAAAAUAAAAAAAGGUUUUAUAUUCUUUUAUGGAAGUGGUCAUAGAAAUCAAUGGAUUUUACCGGUACAUAAUAAAAUUACCAAAAUUAUAAAAUUAUGUUCCGAAUCUGAAGCCUUCUUUUAUGCUUGGCUAUAUCUUAGUUGUUUAAAAAAAAUAAAUAUUUCAAGAACCAAGAACAAUUAUACGUCCAUAUUAGAUAAUAAUGAAACUAUAGAAAAUGUAUCUAUUCAACUACCUUUUGAAGAACGUGAACAUAUUCUAUGUAAACAAUUUAUUAAAUUUACAGUCCCAUGUUAUCAUAUAUUUUUAAAGCGAAAUCAAAUUAAUAGCAUACGUCAAAAACAAAGUAAACAAUGUAAAGAUGAUAAUAAUAAUAAUAAUCAUAAUAUUACGAAUAAUACAUUUAUGGAUUAUAUGAAAAAGACAUAUAUUGAAUGGUCUUCAUCGAAGAUUUUUAAAAAUAAUGAAUCUAUACAAUACAAUGAUAAAAUAAAUGAUGGUACGAAUAAUAUGAUAUAUAACUCAUCAUCAAAUGAAAAAAAAAAUAAUGUGUUAGAAAAUGAUAAUUCUUUAUAUCCAUUACAUAUAAAUCAAAAUAUUCAAGAAGAAGCAGAAAAAGAUGUAGAAGUAGAAGAAGAACAUAAAACUGCUAUAUGUUUAAGUAAUGUUUUAAGUUCGAUGAGACAUCCAUGUGUUAUGGAUAUCAAAAUGGGAAUUAGAUUAUAUGGUGAUGAUUGUAAUGAAGAAUCUAUACAAAAGAAGAUUGAGAAAGCAAAAAAUCGAUCAUGUUUAUCACAUGGUUUUCAUUUAACUAGUUUAAUAGGAUGGUCCAAAAAAAAGAAAGAACCUUUUUUUAUAUCAAAAGAAGAUGCACAUUCUAUAAAAAAUGAUGAUAAUUUUGUACAAGCAUUUAUAUCUUAUUUUACUGCAUGUGAUAAUAUACAGUUAUCUAUAUUAUUAAUAAAAAAAAUACUUAUUAUAUUAGAAGAAAUGAAAAUCUUUUUUAUAGAACAAAAUUAUUUUGCAUUUUAUGGAACAAGCCUUUUAUUUGUAUUCGAUUCAGAUCCUUCAAAAAAAGAAAAUGAGGAUAAUUAUUCAUCAAAAGAUAAAAUAGAAAAAAAUGAAUUAACAAAAAAUAUAUCUUUAUCAAAUGAAAAUAUGAUCUCAAAUGAUGAACACAAUAAUUCCUUCUAUUAUAAAGACAAAAAAAAUAAAUUGUGUGAUCAAGAUAAAAUUAAUUUUGAAGAAAUAUUAAACUUUAAGUUGAACAUUGAAAAAGUAUUUUAUGAAUCCUUAUCAAAUGAAGAAAGAAAUAUAAUCUUACAAAAUAAAUUAAAUCAAAAAAUUAUUAAAAGUGUUCAUGUAUAUAUAAUUGAUUUUGCACAUGCAAGCUUAAAUAAAAACCAAAAUGAUGAAGGAUUCUUAUUAGGUAUUAUAUCACUACACCGUAUAAUGGAUAAAACAAUACAGCGAAUAAAAGAAUUGUAUCUUUCGAAUACGGAUGUAACGAAUGAUACCGUGUAA